AACACAGUUAGAACGCGAGGCUCGAAUUUUAUUGGAGCGUGAUCUUGCCUUAUGGCUCCUGGGCGCGCUUUACGGCACUUUACGACUUUCCAUUCACUUCGCUGUGAAGAUGGCGUCGGGCAGCGGGACAAAAAACUUGGACUUUCGCCGAAAGUGGGACAAAGAUGAAUAUGAGAAGCUCGCGGAGAAGAGACUCACAGAAGAGAGAGAAAAGAAGGAUGGAAAACCAGUGCAGCCCGUCAAGCGGGAGCUUCUUCGGCACAGGGAUUACAAGGUGGACUUGGAGUCCAAGCUUGGGAAGACGAUCGUCAUUACCAAGACGACCCCACAGUCUGAAAUGGGAGGCUACUACUGCAACGUCUGUGACUGCGUGGUGAAGGACUCCAUCAACUUCCUGGAUCACAUUAAUGGAAAGAAACAUCAGCGAAACUUGGGUAUGUCUAUGCGUGUGGAACGCUCCACUCUGGAUCAGGUAAAGAAACGUUUUGAGGUCAACAAGAAGAAGAUGGAAGAGAAGCAGAAGGACUAUGAUUUUGAGGAAAGGAUGAAGGAACUCAGAGAAGAGGAGGAAAAGGCUAAAGCAUACAAGAAAGAGAAGCAGAAGGAGAAGAAAAGGAGGGCUGAGGAGGACUUGACGUUUGAGGAGGAUGAUGAGAUGGCAGCUGUGAUGGGCUUCUCUGGCUUUGGCUCCACCAAGAAGAGUUACUGAGGCGUUCUAUUUGGCCUAGCUUUGGCCUGUACUGGACCUAACUUUGAGUGUGUGUUGAGGUGGGGUGGGGUGUCAUUUCUUUUUGGGUACUGGAGAAAGUCCUUACGAGUGUUAAUGGGCAGGGCUAGAGGGUGGGUGUUUGUGGUUUCCCUCUGCUUCAGGAGAGGACACAGGAUGUAGAGGGGAAGCUGUGGCAGAUUCCGUCAGCCUCGGUAUAUUAUUGGAGUCACAGAUCCUCUGCCCAUCCUUGUUCCCAAUAAAGAAAGACCUCCCUCUUUGAGGCUGCUUUCCCCCAAUUUCCCUGCAUCUUUCCCUCUUCAUCUAUCCAACCUGUCUGAACAUCCUCCUUUUUCCUGUGUUCUGCUUUUGUUUUAAUCUUUACUCUUGUUCAGCUUGCAACAGAAGGGUUAUCUGGGUCUCCAGCACACAGGUGCUGGUGUAUGCUUGCCCAGCUCUUCCUCCCGUCCCGCCCAGCAGUUCUCUAGCCACCUGUGCAUGCAUGUGACUUCUGCCUGGGUCAAUGUGUGUGUGGGUAUGUGUGCAUGAUUUAUCACAAAGAGGGGCCUGAGCUAGAAUCUCAGGGCAUUGCUGCCCUGGGGCUUAAUGUUUUUGGUUUCCUCGGUGCAUGUAACAGGAAAUUAAAUGGGAUGAGUGUUUGGUGUGGCUUGUGUCUGGUGAGUUUUUAACCUUGUUUCUUCUGUUUCACUUCACUGAGGAUUUCUGUUUUUGUCUUCCUCGGGAACAGGUUCUUGGAAGAACCUAUUUGAUGCAAAAAAGAAUGAAACCAACAAGACAAAAGAACCCUUAAACCAAACAGACAAACAAACUCUGGAGACCCUGGUUCUCAGACACUGUUCAACAUGUACAAUAAAUGGCACUGACUGGGCCUGUUUCACAUUUGUUGGGAACCUUUUCAAAUCAUCCCCUGUCCCAGAAGUUUUUAUAGUAAGGGUUUCCACAUAGAGCCUUCCUCUUCUGAUUUGAAACCCCCACUCCCCAGUAUAGGUUUCCUCAGUGUGAGUUUUCCCUCUCUGCUAAUAGAAUCUGUGCCCUUGUGAGUCUGAGCAACAGUUUAGCCUCCUGUAAUUUUAGCAUCCUCUGAUCUUAACAGAAAAGCUCAGGGUUGAACCUAACUGUCUGCAGUUGGGCAGGCACUGGGUUGCUCGGUCUUGGUACAGUUGAUGAUGAGCUAGGAAAGCCUUUGAGGUUUUUCUUUAGUAUUUGAGACAGGGUCUCACUUGAAUAGCUUUGAACUCAGAGAUCCACCUGUCUUAGCCUCUUCGGUGCUGGGAUUAAAGGCUCUGCCUGUAACUGGCCAGCUAUGUUUAAGGGGUUGUUCUAUGCACUGUAGGAUGUUGAGCUGCAUUCCUGGUCUUCACUUAGUAGGUGUCAGUAGCGCUUGCAUCCAGUUGUGACAACUAAAAUUACCUUUGUUGCCUGAGAAUGGGUAAAUGACUCUCCCAUUGAAAAUGACUAAGAAACUUCCCCACUGUGGUAUAACCUGUGAACUGCAUGACAUAGACUGGUCAACCCCUCCCCGCCCAACACUGAGAACUCCUGGAUCACGUACUGUGCCUUGUGUAAGGGGUUCAAGGAUGAGAUGGGGAUGAGGGCAGAGGGGACAGUCACACAAGUCAUGUAAACAGAUGAAACUCCUUUGGCUGCCUCUAUGCUCUCAAUAAAGGGGUCCAUUUGAGUUAA